AUGAACACGCUGUUUAAGAAGAAAAAAGUGUUGAGAGUGAGUCAUGGGAGAGACGACAGGAGGAAGAGAAAGGAGGGGCAGGCCCGUCGCGGGGGUGCAGGCCACACCGGAGUAGCGCCAAGUAGUGAAAACGAGACUAAAGUGAAGUGCCAAGGCGAGUCCGAUUCGAGUGGGCGGGGCAACGGCGGACGGGGUAGCGGAGGACGAGGCAGCGACAGGCGAGGUAGAGGCGAACGAAGUAGCGACAGGCGAGGGAGCGACAGACGGGUUGCCCACCCACAUGGCGCACAUGUCAAGGAGGAGGACGAAGACAUCCCCCCGCAGCGCGACCAAGGGGGGAAGAACGGCCUCACCGAGGGGAAGGAGAACAUGUCGGAGUCGCGGCACGAGGGAGGAAAUUCCAAAGCGUUUAAGAGCGCCUCCUCCCCGCAGAGAUGCACCUGCGACUGCCACCGAUGUCGCUCUCCGUUAAGGGCAAUCGAUCCGGGUGACCGCGUUGACGACGUGUCGGAAGAGCGCGUAGACGACGUAUCGGACGACCGCCUAACAGACGAGCGGGGAGGGCGCCUAACCGAAGAACGGAGUAACGACCUAACUGACGAACGGAGUAACGACCUAACUGACGAACGGAGUAACAACCUAACUGACGAAUCGAGUUGCCCAUAUGCAUCCCCCCCACACUGCUCAGACGCCAGCGACAUCUCCAACCUCUCCCCUGACGCAUUCUGCUUCGAAAAGCAAUUUAAAUAUAUAUAUGACCUGUACAGGCAGAAUGACAAGAAUGUGUAUUUAUUUUACAACCCUCCGAUGUGUAGGUGUGUUAAUAAACCAUUGAAGGAGAAGUACUAUCGGAACCUGUGCCGGAAGUACCCCUGCCUGUUCAAUUGCACGUUCGAAGAUGAGGAGGGUGGGGGGAGGUCCAAUAGAGGGGAAGCUACCCACACGGGGGAAGCACCCCACACGAAGGAAGCACCGCAGACAGGGGAAACUCCGCACAUGGGGGAAGCGCCCCAAACAGGGGAAGCGCCCCAAGGGGGGGAGGAACCAAGUGAUGCCAAGAGACUGACGUACGCCGAGGUCGCGUCGGACGCAGUGGAAAUGAAGCUCUACGCGAAGGCGUUUUUCGAGUUGUGCCUUCUGCAGGGGGCCAGAGGGGGGGUAGGCGGGGUGGAAAGGGGUGACGGGGUGAAGGAGGCGGCGGGUGACCGGACGAAGGAGGCAUCGAGUGACAGGGCGAAGAAUACAUCGAGUGACGGGGCGAAGGAAGCAGCGGGUGACUCCCCACGCAAGCAAAGUGCUGCCAACAGCACGCAAGCGGGGGAGCCCCUCCUUGGCGAACAAGAAAAAGACAUGCUUCAAAAAUUCUUCAAUAAAUGUCUACGUAGAAUGAUGAGGCGUAAAUCCCCAACGUGCGAAAACAGCUCAUGCUGCGGGCUUCUCUACGUACCUUACAGUUACAUCGUGGUUCUGUUGAAUAGAAAGGUGGAAAAUUUGAGUUAUAUUUGUAGCAACUUAAAACUACCCUGUAGCACUGACAUGUAUUACAACAACAAGAAGAACGUCGUUACCAUUUGUACAAAAAAUUCCGUUCAUGAAUUCUUUUGUUAUUACUCUCUAAAAGAAAAUCGAUACAUAAAAAAUGUGCUCAUUUAUGAUAUCUUCUUCUAUGGGUUUAUUCCAUUCUUUAAGCCACUACUCAAUUUGAAAGUGAAGAAAAAUCUGGAUAAGGUGAUUAACUACGUGAGCUACAACAAGGGGUGUAACUUAUCCGUCGUCUUCUUCUGGAGCGGUGGAAGGGGUGGAAGGGGUGGAAGGGGAGGAAGUGGCGUGGAGAGUCGCGUGGAGAGUCGCGUGCAGAACCGCGUGGACAGCCGCGUGGACAGCUGCGGAGAGAGCAGCAGCGGGUGGAGUAGUGCCGAGAGCGAAGCUGAUGAAACGAAUCGACGAAGACAAGGAAGCAACAUGAUGCACCUCCGUGUGUGCAAAAUUAUUAACAUAAAUCACCCAAAUGAAUACAAAGGGGGGAGAAGAAGUAGGUACCUUAAGAAGGACUGCACAGAAGGAAAUGCAAACAGAGAGAGGAAGGACAUGAUGAAUGCAGACCAACAGUACUUCGCUAACCUCUGCAACGGAAGUGAAGUCAUAAAUAAUAUGAAUAUUAAUAUGGUUGUCGAAAAAAUUGUUGAGAUUGCUAAUCGGAAGGAGAGUAGUCUCUGUGAGGAGAGUUGUAUUUUCAACAGGCAGAACAGAAUGCACCACCUGUUCAACGAAGCAUUGUUCUUCUUUAAUGACCACUCUGAUUUAUACACAUAUGAGGAAUACAAAAAGGGGAAGCUUCAGAGUGUGGGAAGAGGUGGCGACCAGGACAACAAACCCACUAUGGAACAGCAGCACAGCGCAGAACCUGUUCAAUAUUUACGUCUGCUCCUUCUUAACGAAAGAGAGCAGCUGCAAAGGGGUUGCAUCCUCUGUCGGGGAGAAAAAAAAAAAAAAAAUAACGGGAAUAACGGGAAUAACGGGAAUAAAGGAAAUAACGGGAAUAAAGUUAACAAGGCAGAUAAGGGAGAUAAAAUGCCCUACCAGGAGAGGAUUCGCUUCAUUAAAGAGUGCUACUUCCACCUCUUUCGCAUUUACAAAAAUAAGUUUCGUGUCUCCCUGAAGGAGGAAGAAGAAGCCAUACUGCACAGGAAUAACUGGGUCAGCGAGGAUUCGCUCAUCUCGCUCGGGGGAGAGGGUGCCAUGCCCAGGUGA